AUGGUUUCGUUCAAGGCCGCGCUGUUGCUCGCAGGAGCGGUGAUGUACGCGCAGGCGCAAGACUUCACGGACCUGGUUGGCACAUGGACCAGCAAGUCGAACUCGACAUUCACAGGCGAUGGCUUCUACGAUCCCGUGAACGACCAUUUCACCGAGCCAAAACACACUGGCAUCAGCUACUCGUUCUCCGCCGAUGGUUUCUUCGAGGAAUCAUACUACCGCGCUGUUGCGAACCCCACCGAGCCCAAAUGCCCGAAAGGCAUAAUCCAAUGGCAGCACGGCAAAUUCCAGAAACUCGCCGACGGCUCGCUCAAGCUCAGUCCUAUCAAGGUCGACGGUCGCCAGAUGGACUCCAAUCCAUGUCUGUACAAGAACUCGAUCUACACACGCUACAAUAUUUCCGAAACAUUCAAACGCUACGAGGUUCGCGUAGACGACUACCACAAGAUCAAGCGUCUCAAUUUAUACAAGUUCGACGGCUCUCCCAUGAUGCCUUUGUACAUUGCCUUCACCACACCCAAGAUGCUCCCCACCACCACGCUCAACCCCCUUGUUACUGCGACCGCCACGGCGAAAGCGAAGCGCGGUCUGCCUAUUGAUCAUGAGGUGCUAUUCAGGAAGAGCGGAAACAUGGCAGAUGGAAUGCUCUGGGCAGGAAUUCUGGCGAGCGGGGCCGGAGCUCUGUUGUGGUGGUUCUUUUAG